AUGCUCCGCUUCACCAUUGCCAUGUUUGUCCGAGCAGAUUCAAAGUUCAAGUCAGGCACUUUGUUUGGAUACAGUGUGGAACAGAACAUCGGCGAAACUAUACUGCUCUAUUUUUCUUCCUUACAAAUCCACCUGAAAGUCAAAGACAAAGUCAUCAGCGCUGAUUCUACCAUAGCAGAUGAUAAAUGGCAUUUCGUAGCAGGGGUAUGGAAUGGGGAGACUGGAGUUGCAUCUUUGUAUUUUGAUGGGGUGGAGAUUACUAAGGGAAAUAAUAUUCUCAAAGGAAGUCUGAUUUUAGGUGGUGGGUGGAUUUCUCUUGGCAAAAGGUACUUAGCUGCGCAGAAAAAAGCUGAUCCGUCUACCUCCUUUUCUGGCACCCUUCAUCAAGUAAACGUGUGGAGCACUGCAGCACAACCAGAUCACAUGUGGCUGGCUGCUCAGAGCUGUACCUGGCCGAUUCCAGGUAGUUUAAAAGGCUGGGCAGACUUUCUUUUUGGAAUCAAAGGAAAAGUGGAGAAGAAAUUCAAAUCGGACUGCAAAGGUACGUAAAAAAAAAGAAAAUGUAAG